AUGGCGAGUGUGUUGUUGUUGUCGUUUACGUCGUCACCUUUUAUGGUCGACGCGUACGGCGCGUACGGGAAACCGCGCGACGUGACCAACUUUACCGCGGAACAACUUUUGAAUCUCCGGUACGAGUACACGCCGGAAAUUACGGGCAUGUUUCGAGAGUGCACGGACAAAGAGGAGAGGAAAUACGUUUCCUCAUUUUUACGCGAUCGAGACGAGGAGGAAGUGGUCACGUGUUCGAGGUAUUUCGUCGAACUCCGAGGAGGAUGUUUCGAAGGACCUGGAAGAGCGCACGUGAGCAAAGAGAGGAAGCCUAUGCGGGUAUACUACAGCGAAAUCGAUGAAGAAGACGGCGGGUUUGCGAUUUUGAGCGAGUAUUUAGGCGAGGAAGAAGGACGGAUGUAUUCGAGAGUAGAGUAUUUUUGCGAUUCGGAAACCGCGUACGUGAGAGAAGGCAUCGACGGCUAUAAAGAUGACGAGGGCACAUUCGUGUUACCGUAUAACGCGUUUUUGAUGGAUGGGGACGUAAAACUUGGGAGUAGCGAGAAGCAGUAUUUGCACUAUCAGUCGAUGGAUACUUCCUGGUAUAACGGUAAUAAGUUUGAUUAA